UUAGGGCUUCGUGCGAGUGCGAGCAUAGCUUCCUGUCUCUCCCGCCAAUUGUUUCAAUUUCCCUUUAUCUCUCUCGAAGAAGAGGAAGAGGAAGAAGAAGAAGAAGAAGAGGAGGAGAAAGAUCAGUACUGCAGCGGAGUUCCGUAGAUUUGCACUCUACAGAUUCAAUGGAUGCCCAAGCUCAAGAAGUUAUUUCUCGAAGUCCUCGAGUUAAGGCCUCAUUUCGCUUAGGGACAGAGAAACAUUUGGUCAAUACAGCGAAUAAAGGCACUCUCUCAGAGCAGUUGAUUUCUAUGAAAGAGGAGAGCAUGGCCAUUUUGAAGGAGUACAUAACGAAACAUAAUGUUCCUAACGAUGUCCCAGAUGAACUUCUUGAAGAGGCUUCUGAGGACGAUGAUGAUGAAACCACUGAAAAGCCUCAAGUGAAGUCAAAGAAGACCAAAUUAACAUAAUUUCUCUGCCUUUGGAUUGCCCCAGAAUUCUAAAUAACAAUGUCUUAGAAAUGAAUAUAGAACUUAAUUUUAAGGUGUUCUUGGGUUUUUUGGCAUAUGUUUCUGUCACUCCCUUGGGGGUUCCCUUUCUGAAUCUAAGCUCUAACUUGUUUCCUCUCCUAUCUUUGCAUGAUUUGGAAAAAGAAGACUCAAAUAACACGUAUUCAGUUCAAAUUAUAUACCA